AUGGAAGAUCCAAGAAUUCGGCAAAUUAAAAUUAAAACUGGCGCUGUAAAGCGUAUAGCCAAAGAAACACUUGUUUACGGGAAAGAAGCUGAAGAGCAAAGGCUUAAGGUACAAAAAUAUAAAGACGAAAAUCGAGAAGAGCAUGAAACUAGAAAACAGGAGGAAGUUUUGCAAGAGUCGCUGAUGAUGGUUCCCGAUUGUCAAAGACGGUGA